AUAAUUCAUAAUGAACCAAACAAUAUGUAUCCACCUCAAUGGAUGACAAAGAAACAAAUGGACCAUCAGAUAUGGACUCCAUCAAUCCAAUACUUUAAAGAAGAAAUAUUCGAAAAAUAUAUACCAAGAUAUUUGGAAGAAUGGACCAUAAAAGGAAAGAUUACCAAUAAUUGUAUCAAAGAACAAUUUCCUAAUUAG